AUGGCCAUCUACCGAACGCGGGCACUCGGAAGGUUGGCCCCGGGCUUCCAAGCAAGAGGAAGCGUCCGCGGGAUUGUGCGGUGUCACCCGACGUGCCCCGCGCGCAGACCAAGCGAGGCGCGGGCGCCGGACUCAGUCCCGCCGCACAGCCGCAGGCGACCCGCCGCGCUGGCUGCUACGGGUCCCGGGGCCUGCGGGCGCUACCAGGGCGAGCUCCCGGCGCCUUGGCCGAGGGGCGCGCCCUGCUGGCUGUCGCGCGAUUCCAUUGGGUCGCAAGGUCGGAGGCGGGGCCUCCGCCGCCAGCCGCGCCUCCAGCAUGCUGGAUACUGGCUACUGGCUCGGAGCUCAGUCCUCCGACACGACGUAGCUAGCCCGCGGCGUCUGAGCCGCAGUGGUUCCUCUUUUCCUUCUCCCUCCCCUGGUCUGCUUGGUGUGCCUCCCAACCAGGACAUCCAGGCCUGCUUAGCCACAUGGAAGACUGAGCCUGUGCACUCCACCCAGGCUGGCAGUCGGCCAGGGAAUGUGAGGAAAAACCACCACAAAGAUGUGCUUCCAUAUGAUCAGGCACCAGUGGUCCUGUCCCUGCUCCAGGAGGAGGGACACGGCCACUACAUCAAUGGCAACUUCAUCCAAGGAGCAGACGGAAGCCGGGCCUAUAUUACCACACAGGGACCCCUGCCUCACCCCUUGCUAGACUUCUGGCGCCUGGUCUGGGAGUUUGGUGUCUCCGUGAUCCUAAAGGCAUGUCGAGAAAUGGAGAAUGGGCAGAAAAAGUGUGAGCGUUACUGGGACCAAGAACAGGAACCACUACAGAUUGGACUAUUCUGCAUCGUGCUGACAAGGGAGAGAUGGCUGAACACAGACAUCAUACUCAGGGCACUUUAGGUCACCUUUCAGAAGGUACUGAGAUCUGUGUACCAGCUGCAAUAUAUGUCCUGGCCAGACAGAGGAGUCACUAGCAAUCCUGAACAUGUGCUCACCAUGGCGAAGGAAGCCCAUCACCUCCAGGGAUACGGCCCCAGGCCCCUCUGUGUCCACUGCAGUGCAGGUUGUGGGUGAACAGGUGUCCCGUGCACUGUCCUGCUCAUGUGUCCUCUUUCUCCGCCCCACAUGAUCCCACCUAACUGCAGCCUCUUUGGCAUGGUCUUGGAGAUGAGAAAGCAGCGGCCUGUAGCUGUGCAGACAAAGGAGGAGUACAGGAAUAGGAACCUGGUGGUUCAGAAGUUCUUCUCAGCACUCCAAACCUCCAGCCCCCUUUACCAGAACUUCAGGGAGGUACCAAGGCCUCCUGCCUACUGUCUUCCUGUCCACCAUCAAACACCCUCAGAGACUAGGACCAGAGCAGAGCUCUUCAUCUUGAGGCCGUCCCUCCCUCCCCUUUACAAGCCACUUCCUCAUUCCUUUAUUCAAACAUCUGCACGACAGGACCACCCCGCAAUAUCAAUACGCUGCGCCCUCCACCCGCCAGGCUGGCCCCUUCCCUCCAUCCACCUAACUAGCCGGGCCCUCCGGACGCACAGCGAGACGCCCCUCACCCAGAGGCCCCUCCCUCUCGCCUCGGAAACCCGCCCGCUCCCCCUCUCCCGACCCGCCAGCAGCCUCGGGCGGGAAGGAAGCGGGCGGUUUGCGCGCCGCGAGCGCUCCCCACCCCCUCCUUCCUCGAGCUCGGCGUCUUCACUUCCUCCCCGCCCGCCUGCCCGCCCCGCCCGCAGGAGCAUCUCGGCGCCCGGGUCCCCGGCUCCCGCUAUGGCCGACACGGACACGUACGCGGUGGUGCAGAAGCGCAGGGCGCCCCCGGGGCCCGAGGCGGGGGCGCGGGGGCGCGGCGCGGAGGAGGCGCCGCUCUACAGCCAGGUGCUGCCGCGCGCCCGGCGGCCGCAGGCGCGCGCAGAGGAGGCGCAGGGAGCGCCGCCCGGGCGCGUUCUGGCUGACCAAAGCCCCGCUGGGCCUGACGCCUACGAGGACGUGGUGGAUGGAGCUCAGACCGGUGGGCUAGGCUUCAACCUGCGCAUUGGAAGGCCUAAAGGGCCCCGGGACCCCCCUGCUGAGUGGACCCAGGUGUGAGUGCUGCACCCCUGCCUGCCUGUUGCCCCACAUGGGCACCUGGACUGCUGACGGCCAUUCUCUGCUGUGCGAAGUGUUGGGAAUGGGAAUGAUGGUCCUGGAUCAAAAUAAAAGUUUCUCAGGGUGGAAA